AGGCCACUUACUGUCCCACUCCCACUAGCUGUCACACUCGAUCGCUCCCAGUUACGCCUCUAAAUAAUUCUUCCAUUGUUAUCUCUCUCCGUCGUAAACCAUGGCGGAUCUUUACGGACUCCAUCCUCUCGCUGACUACUCCUACGAGUCCUCUUCAGCGGCUCCGUUGGACAACCUCCUUGUUCCGGUUAAUUUUCAGGCCUAUUCUACUGCUUCUGCAGACUAUUCUCAUUGGCUUCAGGUUUUUGGAUCGGGACACGUACCGUCGGUGUCGUCGGGGGACUACGAUGCCGCUUUGGCGGUUGUUUCCGAGGAGGAGUCUGCCGGUGCAAUUAGAGAGAAAAUUGCUUCUCAUCCUCUUUACCCUAGACUUGUCGAUGCGUUUGUUGACUGCCAAAAGAUCGGUGCACCGCCGGAGGUCGCUAAUAUCCUAGGCAGAAGCGUUCGAGGAAGAGACAUCGGCGAAAGAACUUCGGGCGUUUCAACUUGCUUGGGUGCCGAUCCCGAGCUCGAUGAGUUCAUGGAAACCUACUGCGGGAUACUGGCGAAGUACAAGCUGGAUCUCUCCCUGCCCUUUGUUGAAGCAUCUUCCUUCCUCAACAACAUGGAAACGCAGUUAAGCAGUCUAUGUAACGGCACCACCAGAGGCUACGUUUCCGAUGAAACUGCUGCUGGUUCAUCAGAAGAGGAUGCAAGUGCCGGAGAAGUAGAAUUGCAGGACUCUCUGUGGGCGAAUGAAGAUCGUGAGCUGAAGGAUCGACUCCUACGCAAGUAUGGUGGUUAUCUUAGUAGCUUAAAGCAAGAAUUUUCAAAAACUAAAAAGAAGGUAAAACUACCAAAAGAAUCCAGACAGAUCCUGCUUGACUGGUGGAACGUCCAUUGCAAAUGGCCUUACCCCACUGAGAUGGACAAAUUUGAGUUGGCGGAGUCGACAGGGCUUGACCCUAAACAAAUUAACAACUGGUUCAUAAACCAGAGAAAACGGCAUUGGAAAGCAUCGGAGAAUAUGCAAUUUGGUGAUGUGCAUGGGGUGUUUACGGCGGACCCCUUGUGAUGGAUGAAUGAGCCUUUUUCAUUGGUAACUUCACGUGUACGAGUAUUUCUCUUGAACAGUACCAAAUUUUAACAUAUCAACUGUUGUGUAAUCAUUUUAUUGAAGAUGUUUAUAGCUCUACGUGGGACAGUACAGUUGAUUAUAAUGAAUAAUCCUCAUGUCUAGUUCA